AAAGGCCUAAACUAAAACCCUCCCAAAACCCAUGGAUCCUCUCCACCCGCGCGAUCUCGCCAUGGACGACACGCGCCAGCACCAGCACCUCCGCCCGCGCCACGCCGCGGGGGGCCGCAUGGUCCGCGUCCGCUUCGCCGAUUCCGAGGCCACCGAUUCCGACUCCUCCGACGAAUGCCACCGCCAGCGCCACCGCCUCCUCCACCAGAUCGGCCAGCCGCUCCCUUCCUCCCCCGCCCCUGCCCCGCAAAGGAACCGCCUUUCCCGGACCGGAGACCGGCCGUUCCGCGGCGUGCGGCGGCGGCCGUGGGGCAAGUACGCGGCGGAGAUCCGCGACCCGGGGCUCGCGGGGAAGCGCCGCUGGCUAGGGACCUUCGACACCGCCGAGGAGGCCGCCGCCGUCUACGACGCCGCCGCGCUCCGUAUCCGCGGCCGCCGCGCCGUCACCAACUUCCCCUCCUCCCCCGCCGCCGUCGCGCCGGCGCCGGCGCCUGCCCUUGCCGCGCCUCGUUCCAACCCGUCCCCGGCCCCUGAGGCUGAGACCUCCUCGGCCUCGACGGUGGUCGACGCCGGGACUGGCGGCGACGACGAGGUCACCGGGGUGCCUCCGACGCCGCCGUGGUUCGGGGAAGGCGGACCGCUGGAGCUCUUGGACUUCGGCCUGCCUCCCGCGGCGACGAAGCGGGGCCAGUGGGAGGAGGAGGAGUUCGGCGAUCUGGGUGACCUCGACCACCUCUUCGACCUGCCUUUCUGACGCCGUGACACACCAAUUUUGCCCUCUGAAAACGGGACGCUGGUGAGAAAUUUCUGUUUAUCUGUUUAUAGUCGACAAUCGAAAUGAAAUCCAGUGAUCAAAAUCCUGUUCUUGUUUUUGUGAGUGAGUGAGCAAUUCAGUUUUGAUCAUCUGACGAGUUGUUUUGUGAGCGCAUUGUUUCUUGCUGUGAGAAAUCAUGCAGAAAUGCAGUCAUUAUAUAUUUAUUAGUAUCUCAAAUGGUAAACUUUGAGUGUUCAGUGCAGUGCCGCAGUCUUUGUAUGAUGACUGACCUGUCAUCUGAUCAUUUGCCUUUGCAUUGCAAAAAGAUGGAUGUAAAUAAAUUCAGUAAUUCAGCGAAAUGCCUUUUUAUCA